AUGUCAUUGACCGAUUCCUCCGCGGUAGAUGUCGCCCGCAGCGCAUCACUAGCCUCUCGUCAACUCGCAACCCUCUCAAACGAAGCCCGAAACGAAGCUCUCACACUACUACACAGCGCCUUGGACAAGAACCGAGCCACUAUUCUCGCCGCCAACAAGAAGGAUGUCGAAUUAGCCACCCAGGCCGCAGAGGAUGGUACUCUAAACCACAGUGUCCUCAAAAGGCUAGAUCUCUCCCGCCCUGGAAAAUACGAUGACAUGUUGGAGGGCAUUUUGAGUGUCCGUGAUUUGGAGGACCCAGUUGGCAAGAUCACGCUUCGGACCCUACUAGAUGAAGGUCUGACCCUGGAGAGAGUCAGUUGCCCCAUCGGUGUUUUGCUGAUCAUCUUCGAGGCUCGCCCCGAGGUGAUCGCGAACAUUGCCGCACUGGCCAUCAAGUCCGGAAAUGCCGCUAUUCUGAAAGGCGGCAAAGAAUCAACAGGAUCAUUCGCAGCGAUCGCAAACGUGGUCUCAGACGCCAUUGCUGGUUCCCAAGUUCCCGUUUCAUCAAUCCAGCUCGUGAAAACACGCGAUGCAGUCUCUUCCCUCCUCGCGCAAGACUCCUUCAUCGACCUCGUCAUCCCCCGCGGAUCCAACGAACUGGUCCGCCACGUCAAAGAAAACACCAAGAUCCCCGUUCUGGGCCACGCAGACGGACUAUGCUCUGCGUAUAUCCACUCCGACGCCAAGGUCCAAACCGCCGUGAAGGUAAUUGUCGACUCCAAGACAGAUUACCCCGCCGCUUGCAACGCUCUCGAAACAUUACUGGUCCACGAGAGCGUGCUCGAGUCCAUUCUCCCCGAGGUUGCGUCAGCUCUAUUGGCCAAGGGCGUGUCACUACGAUGUGACCCGCAAUCCCUGGAGGUCCUGAAGAAGGUCGUGCCUGCUGAAAAGGCCGGCCAACUCUCCUUGGCCACGGAUACCGAUUACGAAACCGAGUUUUUGGACCUGGUCCUGGCUGUCAAGACCGUUUCCUCUCCUGAGUCCGCAAUUACACAUAUUAAUACCUUCCACUCCGGGCACACGGAUAUCAUCCUCACUGAGUCCAGCCAGGAAGCCACUCGUUUCAUGAACAGCAUUGACAGCGCGGGCGUGUACUGGAAUGCAUCCAGUCGAUUCGCGGACGGCAUGAGAUAUGGAUUUGGCACGGAAGUCGGCAUCAGCACCAACAAGAUCCACUCCCGAGGACCCGUCGGUCUAGAGGGCCUGACAAUCUACAAAUACCUGAUUCGCGGAGACGGUCACGGCGCCGCAGAUUAUCACGACGGCGAGGGUGGACGAAAGUUCCUCCACAAGAACCUGGGCCUCUAA